CUUCUUUACAGCUGACGCUCGUCAAAAAUUCAAAUCCACCAUAACCUCGCGAGAACGAUAAAAAAUCACCGGAGAACACCGAAAUUUUUUAUCACCUGAACAUAAUUUUUGUGUUCAUCAUCUCAGAAGUUAAUUAUGGGAAAGGAAAAUGACUCGGGAAGUCCGAAAAAACGGAGAAAAUCAAUCAGCAGCACCAGCAGUACUACUCCUGGGAAGGACAACGAUAUGUACAAAACAAUAAUAACCUUCGAGGAGCAAGAGGCAAUAUCUCGCUCACCGGAGCGGGACUCUGAGAAAUUUUUCUCAACCUGCGACAUGAUACGAAAUUCAAUGGAAAAAAUAUCAAAAUUAAAAUCAACUGACGACGCAACAAAUAAAGAUGAUAUACGUGAGCUGAUGAUUGAUACGUCACUUGCGUUCAUUGAGCUGAAAAAAUUGAACAGAAUGGAGAAAUUCAGGACAAAAUUUGCGAGGGAUUCAUUGACUUCAGCUAAAAUGGGGGUCGACAGUCGACACCUACAGCUGCAGAAUUUACUCUACGAAGUUAUGCAUUUGAAGAAGGAAGUUAUCAAGUGUUUGCAGUUCAAGUCCAAGGAUGAAUCUAUUCAACUUGUUUCGGAGGAGGAGUUCUACAAAGAGGCGCCUUCCACCAUUUCCAGAACGGAAAUAACGAAGGCAGAUCCUCACCAACUUCGACUGGCCCGCCUCGAAUGGGAAUUGACUCAACGAAAGCAACUCGCAUCUCUUUGUGAUGAACUUUCAGAGAGUAAAAAGGCAGUGGCCUCCAGCAUCUCCACGAAACAAUCGCGUUUGGAUAAUCUAGCUCCCCAGCUUCGUUCGAUUCUCGAGUCGUCAAAGCCACUGCAGGAGAGUCUGGGUCUUCCUCUGGAUAAAAUUCAUCAAGAGCACCAAAAAGCAUCUCUCCUACCAACUCCUCUCUACGUUCUCUACCUGAAAGCCACUGCCUACAGAGAUGCUUAUGAUCACCAGUUGAUGGUCUCGGUGGAAGGAGAUGAGGAUGAGGCCAAGAGAAUUAAUUCACAAGAAGGAAGUAACGAUUCAGAUUCAGAUCAAGGGGAGGAAAUUCCUCAGGAAGAGACACCAGUCCAUAAAAAACGUCACCACAGGAUCUCCAAGGAAGCCAGGAUGGAGGAGAAAAAAUCACGAGUUCUCCAGAGGCAUCCACUGACAGUGCAAUUAAUUCUUACGAUAAAAAAUCAAACGAAGAUGAGUCUCAAAUUUCUUUACAUGACUCUCCUGAAGAUCGUGACGGUCGAGUCAUAUUUGACAACUGAUGACACAGGACCUCCAGCUGGGGACAUGCUGAUGUCAGAGUCUGUUCUCAAAGAGCUUUAUCCCAAGGACUUUGGCAUCGACUCACCGAAUCCUGCCAAUUUCUAUCAGCUGUCUAGGCAGAAUUUUGGAAGCUUCAGCUCCCUCGGGGUGGGAACACCUUACAAGUGGGCACAGAGGAUGGCUGGACUCCAGUUUAUCAGGAAUGAUGUUGGGGAGAAGAACAAGGUAGAUGUAAAAAUCGCUCACGACAGCGUGGAGGAGGUCCUCAAGGAGGUGAAGAAGAGGAUCAAGGCGAGGCUUGAACUCUGCGGGGAGAUAAGGAUGCUGGAGGCUGGAAAUUUUCCGGUUUUUCCGGGAGAUAUGCCCAUGAAGCUUGGAACAACUCUCGUGAAGUUUGGGGUUCUCAGGAGGACAGAGGACCUCGGGUACGAGGCAGUCUUGAGAAGGGGAAGCAGUGAAUUAAUUGCUCACAUAAACAUAAAACCAGACUACCCGAAGAUAUCCCCAGUUUUCAAUAUCCGUUUCAACCCCUCGGUGCCAUCAUCAGCAGAUAUUAUCAGGGACAUGGAGCGGGAGAUAAACGUAAUGUGGGAUAAACCAACAACUCUCUCCGCGCAGGUCCAGAGGCUUCGAGCUUGUUUCGAUAUUUAUCUGGAGACAGAGGGUAUGGCUCCCAAGGAGAAGGUUUUCUUCCAUCCCGUGAAAGGACGGACACGUUCCAGACCGUACAAGUACCUCUCACUCGCUGGUGGAAUAUUCACACAACGAUGAACUGAUAUUUUUCUACUCUCAGCUUUUUCCAAGUGUACAAAUGACAAACAGUACCAAUAAUUAAAUAAAAAGUAUU